UCCAAACACCUACCUAACAGCGUCUCCCCAAAUCAGAAAAGGAAGUUGAAACAGGACAGCCGCAAGGACUGCCGCCGUCCGUCUCGCUCAGGCGCUACCAUCGUUGUCUGGUCGUCCAUGCUUCUUCCUCGAGCUCGGCGCGCCAGUUCCUGGUCUUCAUCUGCUCCGUCGCACUCCUACCGCCGUCCGUCGCGCACUCAGGCACCACCAUCUUCGUCUGGUCAUCGUGCUCGAAGUCCCUAACCCACCAAUUGCAGCUUUGAGUCUGCUCUUCGUUUGCUCAGCCGUAGGUUCUUCCAACCCACCACCGUCUUCUGAGUCGUGCUCGUUGCCUGGCCUCCGUCUCCGUCGCGCUUCUACCCCUCUGCUCAGACUGCUCAAAAGCUCAACCAAAAAAAAACCAGACUUCGAAGGCUUUGCUGGUUGCAAAGUGUAGUUGCACUUGCAAUGAUAGGAGGUAGUCGUGUCAGGCUUAACACAUGGCAGCAGACUGCUGUUGCAGUCGGUUCGGCUGUUGGUGCAUUGUUAGACCCACGAAGGGCAGAUCUGAUUGCAGCUUUGGGGGAGACAACUGGGAAGCCUGCUUUUGAGAGAGUUCUUGAAAGGAUGAGGCAGAGUACAGAGGGAAGAGCAGUGCUGUUAGAGCGCCCUCGUGUUAUAUCUGCAAAUGUAGGACAUGCUUGGGACCUGCCACCAAACACAUUUGGAGCUGCCUAUGCUAGAUUUAUGGGAUCCAGGAACUUUUCACCUGAUGAUAGACCUCCCGUGCGGUUUAUGGAAACAGAUGAACUGGCCUAUGUAGCCAUGCGGGCUCGAGAAGUGCAUGACUUUUGGCAUACUCUUUUUGACCUUCCUACUAACUUGAUUGGGGAGUCAGCACUGAAGGUAAUUGAGUUUGAGCAGAUGUACCUUCCCAUGUGCAUGCUGUCUGUCAUAGGGGGUACAGCAAGAUUCAACCCAAAACAGAGAAAUUUAUUUUAUCAACACUACUUGCCCUGGGCCAUUCGUGCUGGCAUGCAGUGCACUGAUCUUAUGUGUGUAUAUUAUGAGCGCCAUUUUGAUGAAGAUUUGGAAGAGCUCCGGAGAAAAUUGGGCAUUUUUCCUGCUCCUGCUGCUCCUUAACUUUCAUACUCGGACCUGAAUAACAACUGCAUUCUGUUUUCUGGGUGAUAGCAGUGAACUUGAUUCAAGUAACGGAAAACGUUCUGAAUGAAAUUUAGUGAUAUAAGCUUUGCCUCUGAUAUUUAGUCACUGAGCUUUGUAUAGGUUAGUUGUUGUCAAUGAAUUGGUAAUGGUACCCUUGUAUACCAUAAUCAAUAAAACUGACCUAAAAUCAUAUAUAUAUUUUGGACCUACUCUGGUUUUUAAUUUAUCCUAUUAUGUAAAUGGUUCAUUGGUUCUUCA